UGACACCGAGAGGUAAAAUGGCGCAGAGAGCAGUUCAGCUGGACUGGGAGACUUUGUGUUGUUCCAUCUGUUUGGAUCUACUGAAGGAUCCGGUGACUUCUCCCUGUGGACACAGUUACUGCAUGAACUGUGUCAAAGACCACUGGGACACAGAGGAUGAGAAGAAAACCUACAGCUGCCCUCAGUGUAAGGAGAGCUUCACACUGAGGCCUGGCCUGGUGAAAAGUGCCAUGUUAGCAGCUUUAGUGGAGCAGCUGAAGAAGACUGGACUCCAAGCUGCUCCUGCUGAUCACUGCUAUGCUGGAGCUGAAGAUGUGGCCUGUGAUGUCUGCACUGGGAGGAAACUGAGAGCAGUUAAGUCCUGUCUGGUGUGUCAGGUCUCUUAUUGUGAGCAACACCUCCAGCCGCACUUUGAAUCCCCUGCCUUUGAAAAACACAAGUUGGUGGAGCCCUUAAAACAUCUGCAGGAGAAAUUUUGCUCUUGUCACGAUGAGGUGAUGAAGAUGUUCUGCCGUACUGAUCAGCAGUGUAUCUGUUAUCUCUGCUCCAUGGACGAACAUAAAGGCCACGACACAGUGUCAGCUGCAGCAGAGAGGACUGAGAGGCAGAGAGAGCUGGAGGGGAGUCGACACAACAUCCAGCAGAGAAUCCAGGACAGAGAGGAAGAAGUGAAGCUGCUUCAACAGGAGGUGGAGGCCAUCAAUGGCUCUGCUGAUAAAGCAGUGGAGCACAGUGAGAAGAUCUUCACCCAGCUGAUCCGUCUCAUGGAGGAAAGACGCUCUGAUGUGAAGCAGCAGGUCAGAUCCCAGCAGGAAACUGAAGUGAGUCGAGUCAAAGAGCUUCAGGAGAAGCUGGAGCAGGAGAUCACUGAGCUGAAGAGGAAAGACGCUGAGCUGGAGAAGCUCUCACACACAGAGGAUCACCUUCAUGUCCUGCUUAAUUACCCUCUGCUGCCACAUCUCAGUAAAUCUACAGAGUCACACAGACAAAAUAUCCUCCAUCUGAGAUACUUUGAGGAUGUGACAGCAGCUGUGUCAGAGCUCAGAGACAAACUACAGGACGUCCUCGAUGAGGAACUGCUGAAGAUCUCACUGACAGUGACUGAAGUGGAUGCUUUACUGCCACAACCAGAGCCCGAGACCAGAGAUGAAUUCUUACAAUAUUCCCGUCAAAUCACACUGGAUCCAAACACAGCACACACACAGCUGCUAUUAUCUAACGGGAACAGAAAAGCAACAGUGAUGAGAGAAAAGCAAUCAUGUUCCAGUCACACAGACAGAUUCAGCGACUGGCUUCAGGUGCUCAGCAGACAGCGUCUGACUGGACGAAGUUACUGGGAGGUGGAGAGAAGCAGCGGAGGAGUUUCAGUCGCCGUCUCAUACAAGGAUAUCAGCAGGACCGGGACCGAAAGUGGAUUUGGAAACAAUGACAAGUCCUGGGCGUUAGGAUGUUUCGACAUUACUUAUUAUUUCAGACAAAACAAUAUCAGAACUUUACUCUCAGGUCCUCGGUCCUCCAGAGUUGGAGUGUACCUGGAUCACAGUGCAGGUAUUCUGUCCUUCUACAGCGUCUCUGACACCAUGACUCUCCUCCACAGAGUCCAGACCACAUUCACUGAACCUCUCUAUGCUGGACUUUUGGUUUAUUGGGCUGGAGACACUGCAGAGUUGUGUGAGCUAAAGUAGGAUGCAAGUGUCUGCAAACCACAGCUGGACACAAACGUCAGGUCAUGAACAUGUAGUGUGAAUGUGAUCUGACACGUUUUGUCUGUUCCAAGAGAUCACCUGUCAGUCUGACAAGGCAGACAGGACUGUAAAGUUUUCUUUCUUCAAAAUAUUGUUGAUGUGGUUUCAGUUAUUUGCACAAACUGGACACUCGUACAUCACUAUUUUUGUGCAGAGGAUUUUUCCCCUGCCAGUGGAGACACUUCUGAUUAUCACGUGUGAGCAAAGGCAUACAUGACAUUAUGGAUGAAAAUUAUAUUUAUACAUAGAUAUCAAAUGAAAGCUGCCAGAAUGACCAAUGUGAACUCCAAACCAAUCUAGAGUUGUUGAUCAAAAUCCAACAGACAUGAUAACUGAACUAUUUCAGGACAAACAUGAUGAAAGUGCAACAACUAUGAUAAGAAAAACUUGAGUGAUUGUUAAAAACUUGUGCAUUGAGUAUUUUUGUUUAUCGCAAGU